GGACUCCAAGUCAAACAAGCUCCUUCUUCGCAAAAAGAGUCCACCAAUCUCCCCCAACCCACCCCCCCUCUCUCUCUCUCUCUCAACUGUAUGAGUGCAGUAAGGCCGCCAUGGACGACCUUCCUCUACAGAAAAUCGCAAUCUCAGGCCCAACCCUCGCCUCCAUGAUCCAACGCUUCUCAUUCUCCCCUGGCGCCGUCGACGGUCUCCUGUUCGGCCACGUCACGCACAUCGCCCCCUCAAACCUCUCCGACGACGUCCCCUCCUCAAGCGACUACGAUUCAUCUUCCCCUCUCGUCGCCACCAUCACCGGAUUCAUCUGCUCCGGCUCCAUCAACAGCUUCUACGACUCCACCGGCCGAGUCGACUCUCCCUCUCUCACCCGCCUCCUCGGCAAUUCUGACGAAGAACACCGCCAAACCCUAAUCGGUUGGUUCUCCGGUCGCCGGAAAACCUCUCUCCGACCUUCCCUCAGAGAAUUCUCCGUCGCGGCCUCUCUCUCCUCGAGGACCGAUCUCUCUUUCCGCGUGAAGAACGCUCCCGUCGCCACCAAUCUCGCGCCAUGCGUCUUCCUCCUCCUUUGUUCUCCGUCGCAGGACCAAGCGAUUCACACGCACGAGUAUCGCGCGCACCAGUUCCGCGCUUCGACGAAGUCGUUCGAGCCGAAAUCGAUCGACAUUGUCAAUAUCGGACCUACAUUUCGCGGACAUUAUGGAUCUUUCAGCCCCAACUCUCCGUUUCCACAUUUGCCUAUCGAUUUAAGGACGUCGCCGAUGAGCGAGGACCGGAUUGAGGAGAGUUUGAGUCGGAUGAAGCAGGUGUCGAUGGUUCAGAGGGAAUUGGAUUUCUGCGCCGAGGGUGUGGAGGUUGGGGAUUUGCAAAGGCUGAUGGGACCAGAGGCUGCGAAUUAUACUGCUGGAGUGGAAGAUUUGUACGAGAAGAUGCUUGCGAAGAUUGAGAAUUUGGCAAGACUCGUGGAGAAGAGUUCGGCCAAGGUUCUUGAGCAGGAAAAUCAUAAUAGGAAGUUAAGGUACAAAGUUGCCAGAACUGCUGGGUUGGAAUAGGGGUGUGAUUCUUAAUUGCGAUGAUUGUUUUGGUCGUAUCAGAUUGCAAACAAGUCGGAUCUGAUCUUGUUGCUGAUAUGUUGAGCAUCCGGGAGUCAUGACAUUGCACCGGUUGCAGUUGAACACUUUUGGUAUAUUUCAGGAGAAUAUUAUUCGGGGAAGUGCAGACCUUAUGUUUCUAGUCAACGCUCAUCUGAAUAUUUUGUUUUUGUUAAUCUUGAAGGUAUGGAUGACUUGAUGCUGCCUCCUUCCAAUUAUACGGUGGAGUUGCUCUAUCAUCAGUCCCCACUUUUGCUAUUUUUCUGUUUCUUCAGAAAAUACUGUAUUGUAAAGAGGAAAAGGAAAGCUAAUGCAUUGCCGAUCAAUGUUUGUCUCUUAUCUAUCAUUGAAUUCACCUUUCUGAUGCCAUUCUUUUCUUAAUAAUUUCUUCAGUAUUUCAAAUAGACAGGAUUACAGUCAACAAGAAACAAACUACAAACGGGAUAAUAUCCAGAUAAUGCAGAAGAAACAAAUCUGGUUCUCAAAGCUUUCCUAGGUGGUCCUAUUUUUCCUUCUUUUUAAGUGCUAGGAGUCCUAACUUUUAUACAAAUUCUUUUGCCGUAGAUGUGGUUUUUAAAUAUUUACUAGGGAUGUAUUUUUGAUAUUGUGUUUUGAAGUUGUUUAUUGAACGCCUAGUUGAUAUUGGACGUCGUGUUUUUCUUGUGUUU